CAACUUUCGAGCAUGCUUUGAUUUUAAAAGAAACAAGAAACACUUCUUCACAACUUUUCAAUAGUCCAGCACCUGGUCGCUGGGGGCGCGCACUUCCGCCAUGCAGUUCGCCCUACCUCCUCGGAAGAAUGCCCAUAUUCUUCCCUACGCCCGCUCUCCCCGGAUUUCAUUCCAGCGCAGGAAACAGCUCAAAGCGGCCGCGAUCCUAGGCUUCGGUCUACUCCUCGUCUUCUUCCUUUUGUCGCAGUUCUUCUACACAAGCACCGGGACGGCUGCUGUACCGAUCGGAACCCCGAGCGUCGUCAUCGUCACCGUCCUAGACCGCACGCUCUUCAGCAACGACUACAUCCAGAAGAUCGUCAAGAACAGAGAGGACUACGCCAAGCGACAUGGCUACGUGAACUUCUUCGCCAACCUCUCCGACUACGAGUCCUCGCUCGAUAAUGCGCCGCGAAGCUGGGGCGUCGUCCCCGCCGUCCGCCACGCGAUGGCCUCCCAUCCGCACUCGAAAUACUUCUUCCACCUAGACGCCCACUCGCUCUUCAUGAACCCGACCAAGUCGCUGGAAUCCACCCUCCUUGAUAACCGCCGACUCGAGUCCCUGAUGCGCAAGGACGUCCCCGUCGUGCCGCCCGACAGCAUCAUCAAGACCUUUUCGCAUCUCCAAGCCCAGGAUAUAGACCUGAUUGUCAGCACGGAUAACGAAGACUUGAGCGUCGGGAGCUUCGUCGUUAGGCAAGGGGAGUUUGCGCGCUUCUUCUUGGACUUCUGGUUCGAUCCGUUGUAUCGGGGUUAUAACUUUGCGAAGGCGGAAAUACAUGCUUUGGAUCAUAUCGUCCAAUGGCAUCCCACCGUCCUGGCCCGGUUGGCCUUAAUCCCUCAGCGUGUCGUCAACGCCUACAGUAAGGAUUCAUCCGGCGCCGCUGUCGAUGGGACGUACAAGGACGGCGACCUAGUUCUUCGAAUGUUCGGGUGUGACACGGAUCCGAAGCGGAGUUGCGAGAAGGAGAUCGAGCCCUAUUAUAAUCUGUGGGCGAAGAACUUGAAAAAGGAGUGAGGCCACUCCUGGUUUGUUGGCUCAGGCCUGCUUUAUGACUUGUAAGACACUGUAUUUUUUUAACCUUUCUUUUAUUUUAUUUCCAUGCAACAUGAUGGAGGAUUUUAUGUCUUGGAGUUCGCUGGGAAAUGAACAGGUUGUGAUGAGCUCCUUUUUUUUGUUAUGUUUUAUUUUGGUGUUUGGGAGCUUUUGGGUUUACGAGACGAGUCUUAUAUAGAGUAUUCUUAAUCUGUGGAAUUUUGUUCAAUG